UAAAACAACUAGCAAUCACAACCUAAAACGGGUCGGGUUUUAAGGGGUUUUGUAAGGGUUUUAACUCCUCGUUCUCACUGAACUCUUCUCAGGCAAAUAGAAGAAGAAGAAGAAGAAGGAGGAGGAGGCUAUAUACAUUUUUGUUUCACAUUUUCGUUAUUUGAGUUCCAAAUUUACAAAAAUGGCCACUUUCGUCCCUCCGGCAACUACAGAUUCUUCAAAGCCAACGGUGAUUGAACCGGAAAAAGUGGAUUACUUGAACUUGCCUUGUCCUAUUCCUUAUGAAGAAAUUCACCGUGAAGCUCUCAUGUCUUUAAAGCCUGAACUUUUUGAAGGCGUGCGUUUUGACUUUACCAGAGGACUUAAUCAGAGAUUUUCACUCAGUCACAGUGUUUUAAUGGGGCCCACGGAACUUCCUACUCAGUCUGCGGACAUAGUCAAAAUUCCGACUGCUCACUAUGAGUUUGGUGCCAACUUUAUAGAUCCCAAGCUGAUGCUUUUUGGGAGAGUAAUGACAGACGGUAGAGUGAAUGCAAGAGUGAGGUGUGAUUUGUCUGAGAAUCUUGCAAUGAAGGCCAAUGCGCAGCUAACAGGUGAGCCGCACAUGUCGCAUGGGAUGGUUAAUUUUGAUUACAAGGGUAAAGACUACAGAACACAAUUUCAACUUGGGAAUGGUGCAUUAGUUGGAGCCAGCUACAUCCAGAGUGUUACUCCGCAUUUGUCUCUGGGCGGUGAAGUGUUCUGGGCUGGUCAGCAUCGGAAAUCUGGCAUUGGCUAUGCUGCUCGCUACAACACAGAUAAGAUGGUUGCUACAGGGCAAGUUGCUAGCACUGGAAUGGUUGCACUGGGCUAUGUUCAGAAAGUUUCUGAAAAGGUGUCUCUAGCAUCAGACUUUAUGUACAACUAUAUGUCUAGGGACGUUACAGCAAGCUUUGGUUAUGAUUACAUCCUUCGGCAGUGUCGUCUUAGAGGGAAGAUUGAUUCCAAUGGCUGUGUUGCUGCUUUCCUGGAAGAGCGCUUGAACAUGGGUCUUAAUUUCAUUCUUUCUGCCGAGGUUGAUCAUAAAAAGAAAGAUUACAAGUUUGGAUUUGGGCUGACAGUGGGUGAGUAGAGGAGGCAGUUUAGACUAGGAUUAAUUUUUAAUUGGUAACAUCCGUGGAAUUAAAAGCAUCGGAGGUGAUUCUUUUUCCUCACAAUAAGAAUCAAAGCAUCAGUUUUGUAUUUUUACUGAGCAACAUGGUAUGGAGCAUAAGGUGCUGCAACUAGCCACCAGAUGUUGAUUUUGCAGUGUUGGGGUGUUAUUGUUCAAUAUUCAAUAAUAUGCCCAUAGAAUGUUGUAGAGUUGAAUUCAUUCCGAAAGAAAAAAAUAGAAUUCUGAUUUUAGUGUUUAUGAA